AUGGAUGGGGACGAAUAUGACGUUUUCCAUGCUCGACGGUCUUUUCGGCGCCAGAACUCGUCGCUGCUGCCGGAGAGAAGCUACGAGCAAGCGCCGCAAGAAGAUCAUGAGUUCCAGAAUCUCGCACCUCCAGCCGAGUGGGACGAGGGGCCCGUCGUCGGAUUGAACAUUUCAGGCCUGUCGAAGCAAGUGAAGCGCGUCCCGGUUGGCUCUAAAGGUCAAUCCUUCACCAGCAAAGAUGGUUUCACGAGUACUGUAACGGCGCCCGAUUCCCUGUUACUGGGUCCUAGCCGUAGUACUCCUUAUCAAAACACGACCAACCCUAGUGAAGACGGGAAAUCAUUCAGAUCAGACCGAUCAUCAUACAGCCGACUCGACCAACAGACCUCGCAAGAAUUCUCCCCGGAAGUCGGACUAUUGCAUACACAUAGCAGGAUUGACGAGAAUUGUCCGACUCACGGCGACAUCUUGACAAGCCCAUGGUCAUGGUGGACGAUAUCGAUAUUGGCACUGGCGGUUUAUUCGACGGUAUUUUCUGCCGUCUUCCUUGGUAUCGCGUUUGCAAAACCACGAUGGGGUGAAAGAAUUGGCACCAACGGACAUCUCUCCUUUGGGAAUGCCACCCUUCUAUCCGCCCUACUAUCAAAAACAGUCGAGCUAUCCUUCGUCACCAUCUUUGUGGCGCUUCUCGGUCAGAUUCUGAGUCGCCGCGCAUUUGCAAAGACCGACCGAAACAGCGGCAUCAGCAUCGCAGAAAUGACCAUGAGGUCGUGGGUCAUGCAACCCGGUACGCUUAUCACGAAUUGGAUAGUGGUGAGAUAUGCUGCCUCCACUGUUCUCGGCAUCAUGGUCCUGAUUGCUGUCCUGGCGGCAACCUUCUACACCACCGCCGCUGAAGCAUUGGUGGCGCCAAAGCCAAAGUUUGGGCCACUUGAAGACCGAACCCUCUGGGGUCAAGUGUCAGCAUCGUACGCCAACUCCAUCUGGCUGGCCCAAAGCUGCGAAACGCCUGUGCAAGAAGACCCUGACCCGGAAGGCGUGGGGCCCCAUCCCGAGGGCGAUACGUGUCUCCAGAUUGACUAUGCCGGACAAAGCUUUCACAACUUCAAGUCGUUCAUGUCGGACUGGCGCGAGAGACUGAAGGUUGGCAAUACGAGCUCUGAUCCAAGCUCCUUCGGCGGGCGCCCUGAACCAGUCGCCACAUUGUUUGACAAUACCACGGUUCAAGGCCAAUGGAUCACUCCUAGUCGUGAAAACAUCACAGCCGACUCGGUCCGCUGGGGGAGACUCGUGCAAAAUGUCACGUUGGCGAUGCCUCAUGCGAACCUAUUCAAUGCUGCCCGAGAUUCCAAGAACCACAUUUUACAGCCAGAGGACCUCCAGGGAAACGGGGAGUACUUCAUCCAAGCUGCAAUACCAGCGCCUCUGAUCAAUGUUUUAUGUGUAGGCAUGUCUACGGCGGAGUUGACGCCCCUGGUUGUCAAUGUUUCAAAUAUCACAGAUCCAAGCACAUAUUUCCCGCGUCCCACGGCUGUCGACGACAUCUUCAAUUUUGGAACCACUGGCCCUUACGACGGCGUGCAGCAGGCACCUGUCUUUCCGAAACUUCCAAUCGAAUACAACACACUCGGAUUUAUCUCUAGCGCAUACGGAUAUGAUGCCAUUUAUCUCCUCGCAGCCCCUCCUCCAGUUGACAAAAGACAAUACCCGACCAACGAUUACGUCUUGUGCUCCAUGAAGUCUGCUCAAUAUCGCAACUGCACCACGUACUAUCGCGUCGCCCAGUCAGGCGGUCAGCUGUCGGUUGAAUGCGACAAGAGCACAGGCAACACUCUUCCUUAUGUCGACGCAGUCAAGGAUGCGGUGAUUGGGAAUUGGCAGGCAGAUUGGAAAGACGUCGGCGCAGAAUGGCUUCGAUCCCUCUCUCUUACUGCCGGAGUCAACGACGCCAACGCGUCGAGCGCUCGCCUUCUUAGUCAAAUGAUUCCUGCAUAUUCUGACGGCAAUCCUACCGUCUUAACUUCAGACAUGCCCACUAUUGGCGAGGCUUUGGCGGUUUUGGCCGGCGAAACAGCUCUGUUGUCGUCGUCCAACUCGCCCUUUGUUCACUUCUGGAACUAUUCUGUCCCAAUUCUCGACGUGCCACAGUAUCAGAACUUCAAAGCAAAGGUGAGCUACAAGGAUUAUGCUUCCGGAGGGACCCAGGAGUGGCAGAAUCUCUUCUACGUCAUCCUCGUGGCCGUGUUCCUGCUCAGCAGCUUCAGCCUCGUGUACCUGCUGUGGACAUUCUGCCUGCUUGGCAGGGUGACGGACUACACCGAGCCGCAAAACAUGUUCGCGCUGGCGAUCAACUCGCCGCCCUCAAAUACAAUGUCCGGGACCUGUGGAGCGGGACCUAGCGGCGGCCUCCUGGCAAAGAAGUGGCAAGUCGAUAUGCAGAAGGUGGGGGCGAGUCCGACGGAGCGAAACCAGCAUCCCCAUUUCUACGUGCGAUGUCGAGAGGACGGCGUACCGGUCAAUUCGAGCGUGCAAAGGAAGAGGCGAAGCAGGCCACCCACAAUCGCAUCUCUCACUGUUGCAGAAUCCCCAGCCGUAGAGCAGUAUAUGCGGCUGGCGGGGAAAUCUUGA